CUCCGCGCGUCUCUCCCGCACCCCUUCUCUCUCUCUCUCACAGUCUCCCCAGCUCCCUUCGGAGAUGAGGCAGGGGUCGGCGCCCAGGGCCAGCCCGCUCCGCCCGCUCCAGGGCUAGGCGGGGGGCCGGGGGCUGCACCGGACAGACCGACGCGCGGACCGGACCCAGUGAGCCGUCGCCCAGGAAAGGAGCAGCCGCCGCCGCCGCCGCCGCCACCGCUUGUACCCCGUCACCAUGGACCCCCCCUCCUUGGAUGCCGCCAUCCAGCAUGCCCUGGCGGGCCUCUAUCCCCCUUUUGAGGCCACAGCACCCACCAUCCUGGGUCAGGUGUUCCGUCUCCUGGAUUCUGACUUCCGGGGCGAUGGACUGAACUUCCUCCUGGAUUUCCUGAUCCCUGCCAAGCGCCUGUGUGAACAAGUGCGCGAAGCAGCCUGUACCCCCUACUCACACCACCUCUUCCUGCAUGAAGGCUGGCCUCUGUGCCUGCGGGAUGAGGUUGUGGUCCACCUGGCAUCCCUCAAUCCCCUCUUAUUGCGCCAAGGUGACUUCUACCUCCAAGUUGAGCCCCGGGAGGAGCAGUCCGUCUGCAUCAUGAUCAAGUGCCUCUCUGUGGACCUCCACACAGUGGACACGAAGCCUGUUCCUGAGUCAUCCUACCCUAUACUUUUCACCCAAGCCUGGCUGGAGGCCAUCAACAGUGACCUUGAGGGCAGUCCCUUACACAACUGCCUGGUAGCUUCAGAAGAUGGGAUUGCCCCUGUGCCCUGGACCAAAAUAACCAGCCCAGAGUUUGUGGAUGACAGACCCCAAGCAGUAAAUAUCCUCUCCCCAGCCUGGAGAUCCCUUCAAUUAGAAGCACUGGAUUUGAACAGCCCCCAAGAGCUGCACCAGGCCAGGUCCCCAGGCAGCCCGGUGCUGCUUGCCCAGAGUUUGGCCAAGGGCAAGGGCAGGACACAUGGGGACAAGUAUCCAGGACUCAUCAAAGUGGAGCAAGCUGGGCCUGGGGAGGUGGGCUUCGGGGUGGACGAAGUGGCCAGCCAGGACUUGGAGGGAGAUUAUGUGGCUCUCCUGGACUUUUCCCAAGAGAACCGAGGAGGGUCUCCCAGUAAGGAGGUGGAGACAUCCAGUGGGUUUCCUUUUGGCGCACAGGAGGAGCUAUCUGGAACUAAGGAAAUCCCUUUCUCUCAAAGGAUACUGCCUCUCUCAGGGGCCAAUGGGGGGCCUUCCUUGGAAAAAUGGACUUGUGAGAAGCCAGCAAGUUCGGGGGAGAAACCCUGUGUUUGCGACUUGAGGAGAAAGGUUAAUCAUAAAGUUCCCACCCAAGACUCAGAACACCAGCCCCAAGAGCCCUACCUCAGCGUCCUUGUAAACCCACUGCAUGGUGCCUCUGGCCUCGGGCCAGGUGUCUCAGAAGAGUCAGCUCCCUCCAAGACACAGGGACCUCUGGGAGACUCAGAGAAUAUAGUCCAGCUCAAUCCGGGACCAAAACAAGCAACCUCUGCCCAGCUGCGCCCAGCUUCCCCUCCUGCUUCUCCAGCCCCUGCAACCAAGAUGGAAGAGAGGACCCAACAGGAAAAUGCGAGACUUCCCAAGCCUGUGGCCAGGCCCUGUCAAAACACUUCCCCCACUCCUGGGCUCAAAUUCUCUUUCUUAAAGUGGCAGAGGCAAGGCCCUGUGACUCAGGAGAAAGCCUCGUUCCAGCAUGACGGGCCCUGGAAAGUCUUGUGUUCACUCUACUCUCCCAAACCCAACCGAGGCAAGUGCUUGGGGAAAGCUGGAACAACUCAGACCAAAACAUCUGGCCCAGACGCUGACUCAGACCCACUGACCGAGGAAAAGGCUGGCUUCCCAGAAGCUUCUGAAGGCCCUCCAGAAAAAGGCCCCGCUCUGAAUGAGGAGCCCCCAGGGCCCGAGCCCAGGUUUGGGGCUCUGAGCAUGGACAUCUUCCAUUCCAGGAUAGCAUGCCUGCCAGGAGGUCGAGACAGGGCAGGGCGGCCCCUGCUUCUGGUGUCAACCACCAAGGGGCCCUGGGAGGCACCAUGGUGCACGGCCUCAGAGGUCACCAAGCUGUUCUCCUACCUGUGCACCAUCCCCAGGCCUGAAGAUAAAACCAAGGGGCUGGCGGUCGUGAUUGAUGCCAGGAAACAGCCCCCACAUCCUGGUCUGGUCAGUGCCUUGCAGGCCACCCAGACUCUGGUCCCAACCUCCAUCCGUGCUGUGCUCUUCCUGGGGGAGCAGGAGGCCGCUCUCCAGCUGGAGGCAUCUGACAUCCAGGUAGAGGUGCUGACCUCACUGAAGGCCCUCAGCCGCCACGUGGACCCCAGCCAGCUGCCCAUGGCCCUGGAAGGCCCCUUCCCCUACUGCCACGGUGAAUGGGUGCAAUUCUUCCAGAAGCUGGACCCUUUCCUUGCUGACCUCCGCCAGGCCUCCUCGCUGCUAAAGGCUUCCAUCAAGGAGUUUGAGAAGGGUGACCCCCCUGGAGGGGUGCAGGAGGCCUCCAGGUGUCUGAGCAAGUCCAAGGAGCUGAUGGAGGCUGUGCUGAGGGACCCAGGCCUGUUGGGCCUCCAGCGAGAAGGCGGAGCCACCCUGGCCAGGCUGCGACAGGAAGGCAGCAGGCUGAACUUCAACCCAGACAUCAGGAGCCAUCUGGCCGAAGCUGCUGCCCUGUACAGCCUCGUGGAUGAACAGCUGCAUGUCCUCGUCACUGUGUCCAACCACCUCCUGAGGAGGCUGGAGCUCCGCGUCCGCCUGGGCCGCCUGGAAGCUGCCAUCCACCAGGUCAGCAACUGGAUGGAGCAGGAAGGAAGCCAGUGCCUGCAAGUGCUGACCCCCAAAGACGGAAGCUUGGAGACAGUGGAGAAAGCCCACGCAGAGUUUGAGGACUUCUUCCUUCAGGCUGCGGCCCAGUACCGCCGUGGCCUGGAGCUGUGCAAGCAGGCGGCCCAGCUGGGAGCUGCAGCCAGGGCCAGGGAGGCGGGAGGAACAGAGCUCCCGGAGCUGGCAGGCUUCACCUUCACCCAGCGGGCCUUCCAGGCUAAGCUGACCCACUUCUACAUGGCAGCCGAGCGGCAACGCACAGACCUGGAGACGCUGCUCCACCUCCACCACUUCUGCAAGAAGAUGACCUGGUUCCACAUGGACUGCCAGGACCUGAUGGCCCAGCUCAGGCUGGGCAAGGCCCAAAGGGCCAGCCCUGGGGACCAGCGCCGCCUCCACCGCUACCUGCAGCGCCUGGCGUCCGAGUUCCCUGCCGAGAAGCUCACGGCCAUGCGGCUGCAGGUGGCCUCUCUGAGCUGGGAGGGCCUGGGCCAGGACCUGUGGGAGGAGGCCCAGGAGAGGCACGAGGAGAUCCAGACCCUCCUGAAGAAGGCACUGGGCCACUGUCCAUGCCUGGCAGGUCCCCCUUCCCACCCGGCGGGCCGGGAACUCAGAGGGGCGGCCGCCAAGGGCCAGGACCUGAAUGGAGAAGUCACUUACAAGGGAAGAUGGGACCUGCCCCUCCAGGACUCACUGGGUCUGGAUCGUUCGCCAAAAUCCUGUUGGCCUCCUUGGGGCCCCAGACGUGUACAGAACAGAAGUUUCCAAGCAGCCCCUCCACCCCAGGAAGCUGGCCAGGCUUUUGAAGCUGAUGACGGCAGAAGCCCGCAUGGGCCCCUGGAUCCUGCCCCUGAGCGUUAUCUCACCACCUUCCUCUCCUGGCAGCAGCUCCCCAGGCAGAGUCAGAUCCCCCGGCCCACUGAGGGCAGCUUCUCCUCGGAGGGGACAGACUCACAGACGUCUCUGGAGGACUCACCCCACACAAGUCCCCCUGCAUCCCUCUAGCUGGGAGUUCCCGUCAAUCACACCAGGCUCCGGCAGGGAUGGGUAUGGUUCGGGUGGGGCCCAGCUAAAGACAGAGCUGGGGAGCCCUGGACCAUCCAACAGGACGUGGCUACUGAGUUUGGCUCGUGCUCUGUAGACAAGAACUCACACCUGCUCCCGGCCCCAGGAAGCUCUGGGAAGACGCGACUCUCACACAUUCAGAAUAGUAAGAGUGGAGGGCAGGGCAGGACGCGGAAGAGCGUGAGAUUGGCUCCAAAACCCUGGAGUCUCAUCGUGGAAAGAGCUGUUGGUACAGAUCCUUCCAGAGACCUCCGACUUAGGCAGAACCCCACCUGGGGUUCAGGGGUAUGUAAGCUUCCCCUUGGGGCACAAGGGGCAAAGUUGCCCUCAUAAUAGAGCCCAGGGUGGGGAGAUUAGGGGAGUGGCUUCUUGUCUUAGGGUCCUAGAAACAGACCACACAAGGAUUGAAGUGCGGAUUUACUUGGCGGAGGAGCAGGGGAGCGAGUCUGAGAAGGGAAUAAAGGGGGUGCUGUCAAGUGAAUUACCACAUGUAAUUUAUCCACUGGCGCCACUGGCCUCGGACAAAGAGAAUCACCUGCUGGAGGCCAGUUAGUGCGCAAGGAAGGGGUAAGGGAGGGGGACUGUCUGCUGCACCUCUACUCUGUCACUUGGCUUCUCCAACAGACAUGAGCAUCAGUCUCAAGUUCAAGGAACCCCAAAGAGGACCACCUCCCUCUCCCAUGAUCUCUGCCUUCUUCCCCUCCCCACCACAACUCCUCAGACCCACCCCGAAGCCCGACCUCUCUUUAGGCACAGCCUCUGGUGCCUGGCGUCAUCAGAUUCUGCUAUGGUUGGGGCUGGAGGGUAGGGAGCCUUGUCCCCAUCCAGCAGGUGGUGCGGGAGGACAGUGGGAAGAGGCUUGAGAUGCUCUGAUUUCAGAUAGAGCAUCUAGAAGACAGCCCAGAGUGACCAUGGCUAUCGCCUCCCCUGAAUGUCAUUAUCCUGAGAAUGUGCGCCCAUCUCUGCCCUAGGAUGCAUCACCAAGAUGGCCUCUGGUAGCCCAGCUCUGGAAUUUUCCUGGCUCCAGGAAGAGGGUAGGGUGUACAUCCUCCCACAAGAUGAGGCUGUGGAAGGAGAGGGAGGCAGGACUGGAGCGGGCCUGGGAGGACAAACAGGGUUUCUCAAGGGUAAUCUCAGGCUUCCCUGGUGGCGCAGUGGUUAAGCAUCCGCCUGCCAGUGCAGGGGACACGGGUUCAAGCCCUGGUCCGGGAAGAUCCCACAUGCCGUGGAGCAACUAAGCCUGUGCGCCACAACUACUGAGCCUGUGCUCUAGAGCCCAUGAGCCACAACCACUGAGCCCACGUGCCACAACUACUGAAGCCCGUGCGCCUAGAGCCCGUGCUCCGCCACAAGAGAGGCCACCGCAAUGAGAAGCCCGCGCACUGCAACAAAGAGUAGCAGCCCCCGUUCGCUGCAACUAGAGAAAGCCCGCGCGCAGCAAUGAAGACCCAACGCAGCCAAAAAUAAAUAAAAUAAGUAAAUUUAAAAAAAAUUAUUAAAAAAAAGAGUAGUCUCAGCAGAGAGAUCCACACAAACCUCAAUGCCCAAAAUCUUCCAGGACUCAAGAUUUCAUCAAGAGUGGUCUGGGGCCUGUCUGCCUCAGAACCACGAGCAGAGCUGAUCAAAGGCAGCGUCUUAGGGGAUCUCACCCCAGAUAGUUAAAACUAGACCCUUGGGGCAGUGGUGGCUGGAGUCUGCAUGUGUAACCAAGUGCUCAUGCAACACAGUGAGGUGGGGUGCUGUUGGGAAACCCUUGGGGCUAAGGCCUGAGCCGCCCCCAACCCCCACCCCAAGCCAGCUCUGAUUCUUGCAUUCCAGUCUCCUGCCUUCUGUCCAGACAGGCCUGAGGAUGCAGGAGGCAUUUGAUCAGUCCAGCUCCAUCCAGGCCUGUUGCCUCAGAGGGGGGCCGAAGGCUCUUAAAAUGCUGUUGCCAUAGCAACAGCAUCCAGACAGUAGGGACCACAGGCAGGGAGCCAGGGCACCCGGGGUGCAAGGAUGAAAACUGACUUCUGAGAGACUACAGUUGCGGCUAGUGCUCAGGGGGGCUGAGGAGGGGUAUGGAUAAUCCAAGAAUCCUUGGGAGGGAGGGGCCCCCAAAGCCAUCUUGUGCAUCCCUCUGUCUCCAUGAAGAGCCGAAAGCCCACAAUUUGUCUACUCACAGCAGCCCAAAGGGGAGAAGGGGAUGCAGAAAUGAAAUAUAAUAAUGAAUAAUAAUAUUACUAGCCAACAUUUAUUCUGCAUUUUCUUUGUGCCUGACUUGGUGCUAAGCCCUUUAAAAGCUUUGCGGGGCUUGUUGAAAUGUUCACAACAAUCCAAUGAAGCCAAUACUAGUUUCACCCCAUUUUACUGAGGAGGAAACUGCUUUUCAAGCUCCAGGGGUUGGUGGGCAAGAGGUGAUAGGAGGAGCAUGGCCUGGGAGUCAGGGACCUCACCUGGCACUUCCGUCCUGCUGCCAGCUGCCUGUGUGACCCUGGGCAGGUUGCUUCCCCUUUCUGGCCCUUGGU